CCUGGUGUAGCACUGUCUUCGCCUAUUCAUAAUGUUAACAGUUUCGAAGAAGGUUGCCAAUCUCGCCCUCUCCAAACCUAGUUUGAAGCAAAGCAAAAUAACAACCGUCCUUCCUAUCUCUCCACAGGGACUUGAGAGGGUGCAACUGAGACAAAUAUUAUUUUAAAUGUAAGUCUGCUGAUGGGGCACGUGGAACCACUGCAGGUGAUAAUGUUGUUGUUGACAGUGGCAGCAGUGAUGUUGUCCGUGAACACGAAGAUGACUCUGGGCAGGAGCAUUGAAGGCGAAACAAGGAAGCCGGCUACUAAUGCCACAGGUGUUGCGGAGUCGUGUAUGGCACGAGUUCUUCAUCUUCUACCAUCUACAACUCUUCGUCUUAGCAUCCAGGACACAGAGACACUGCUAGCAAAUCUACGUGAACCCAUUGAUCAGCUCAACUACGCGAACGCUGACACAGCAUCCCUAUCUGCUUUGCUAGGUGGACGUCAGAAUGCUGAUAUGUUGGUUCGGUGUCUGAGUGGGCAACUUGAGCAAUGUCGUCAAAGUCACCCAUGCAGCAAUGCCGGAAAGUGCAUUUUCAGCGGAUCCCGACAAGGGAAAGGCUCGUCGUACAUUUGCAACUGCAAUGAUGGUCAUACUGGAACGUUUUGUCAUACCGUUCUGCCAUCCUGCGCUGGAAAUCCAUGUCAGAACGGUGCAACAUGUCAACAAAGAGGGUCAUCAUUUCAUUGUCACUGUCCACCUCUAUAUACUGGACACCAUUGUGAACAAAUGUGGCUGGAUGCAAGAACGUUCCGAAAGUACGCAAACACAGUGCAUCAAAUCAGUGAUCAGAUGAAGAACCUGGAGCGAGGGAUAGACGCAGCGAGACUUAUGGACGUCAGUCGGAUCGAAACCUUUCUACAGAGACUUGAGCAAACGGUCAUUAUUAAGUUCAAUUCCACUCUGACUCAGCUUUCAUCUGAAGUUGCAACACUGGUAAGCACAGUAUUUAUAUAUGUUUUGUGAAACUCUUCUAACGCU